AUGUUUAAACUAAAUUGCUACAUAUUUGUACUUUCAUGUCUCACGAUAUCAGUCCAUUGCAGUGAAUUUCUGCGUUCCUGCUUCGAGGCCACUACAUCUAAAAAAGCAGACGAUUGCUGUUUGAUGCCGAGGUUUUACAGCAGUCAGAUGGUGUCUGAUUGCUUGACUUCUUUGAGUAAUGCUACAAGUGAUACGGAGAAAUAUAUGUGUUUGGUGGAAUGCAUCGCGAAGAAGCUGAACGUAUUCAAAAACAAUCAGAUGGAUCGCGAAGCAACGUUGAAAUUGUACACGGCCCGGAUUGGAUCGGUCGCUCACUUCGUUCCGAUCAUGGAUAGCGUUUUCGAGCAGUGCUACAGCGGACUGUCAGGUUAUGUGGCCCAUGAUCAGUCGAACCCAUCGAAAUGCAGUGCCGUGCCUAUGUUGCUGCUCAACUGUAUCCAGACGCGGCUGUUUCAGAAUUGUCCAGCGCAACUGUGGCAAGGCGGUGCUGAAUGUCAAGAGCUGAAGGAAAAACUACUCGAAGGAUGCCCAUUCGUUGCUAUUGCGUCCUUGUGAAAUUUGAACAAAUAAAGAUUAAAGCUUC